AUGGGUACAAGCGAUGACAGUUCAGUUGUGAUGGAUAACGAAGAAGAAAGCAGCAAGGACUAUAGAAUUGGCGGAUACCACCUAGUCCAUUUAAAUGAAGUUUUUGCCAAUCGAUACAUUGUAGUUCAAAAGCUAGGAUGGGGACAUUUUUCGACUGUGUGGCUUUGCAAGGACACAAAGUUCGGUACAUUUGUCGCAAUGAAAGUCCAAAAGUCAGCCCCAAAUUAUACUGAAGCCGCCUACGACGAAGUAGAUCUAUUAUUAAAAAUCGCAGGCUCUUACAAAGACCCAGUAUGGGCGGAGUCGUUGGCGGGCCACCUAAAAGGACUUCCAUAUGAUUUGAUUAGAUUAGAUUAAAGCUAGGAUCGGUGAAAUGGGAGAUAAGGCACAACUCCGAAACCUCCUUCUGGUCCCACUACCCUUCGCAUCCAGAAUUUCGAGUUGUUUUAUAGACUCUGGCUUUCUUCUCUGUGCUACGGGAUAAAAAACACUCUUGUAGCGUCCUGAUCAGGGAAAAAAAACCCACCCUGGACAUCAAAUUCCAUGCCAUGAAAGGAGGCGCCGGAUAAGUCACCAUUUUAUUUGUGUACUCCCAUAUGAACAAAGACUUAAAGAAGAAGGCAACCUCGCUGAGUUUACCUUUGUGGUUCAAUUUCUCAAUACUUUUACCCACACAGGAAUCAAUGGAACUCAUGUGUGUAUGGUUUUUGAAAUUUUAGGCGUGAACUUGUUAGAAAUAAUUAAAAGAUUUAAUUACCAAGGCAUCCCAGUGCAGAUGGUCAGGAAUAUAACUCAUCAGGUCUUAAUUGGGCUGGAUUACUUGCAUAGGAUCUGUGGGAUAAUACACACAGAUUUAAAGCCUGAAAAUGUCCUUGUGCAGCUUACUCAAGCACAGAUAAAAGAUAUAUUGACAAGAGGGCUGCUCUUAAACCAAGACCAAGUUAGUAGAUUACCAAAAGACCCACCAUUAUCAGUUUUAUAUCAGCCUGUAACAAGUAAUGAGGAAGACGAAAAAAAGAAGAAAAAAGCAGAAAAAAGGAAAAGAUACAGGCAAAGAAAGAAAGAAGAAAUGAAAAAGAAAAAACAAGAAACCAGCGAAAUCCAAAAAAGCACGUCAACUCAAGACUCAGUUACUGAGAAGCCGAAGAAAAGAAAGCGAAAACAUAAGAAAAAAGAGUCUGAAGCACCAGAAGAGCAAGAAAUAUGUGAUUUCCAAGAAGCUGACUUGUUGAGAAGCUUACAAAGCUCACAUUUUGACCUUGGGGAUGAAGUCAAUAUUAAAAUUGCGGAUUUAGGAAAUGCUUGUUGGGUCCAUCAUCAUUUUGCAACGGAAAUCCAAACGAGGCAGUAUAGAUCGCCUGAAGUAAUUUUAGGGAUAACCUAUAACCAUACAGCUGAUAUAUGAAGUCUUGCAUGCAUGCUUUUUGAGCUGCUUACAGGCGAUUUCUUAUUUGAGCCUAAGUCUGGAUCAGAUUUUGAUAAAAAUCAAGACCAUCUUGCACAGAUGAUGGAAACUAUUGGGCUUAUGCCAAAAACUUGGGCCCUUUCUGGCAGUCAAGCUAAACAAUUUCUGAAUAAGCACGGAAGGCUUCGAUCAAUAAACCAUUUAAAAAUUUGACUGCUAAAAGACGUUUUAAUAGAGAAAUACAGAUAUAAGCCAUCUGAAGCUGAAUUUUUAUCAGAUUUUAUGCUGCCUAUGCUUGUAUUCCAGCCAGAAAAAAGAGCUUCAGCCCUGGACUGUUUAAAGCACCAAUGACUAAGUGCGACGAAUUCAGAUAUCAAAAUGACUGAUGAAGAUUACGAAGCCUACAUCAGAAAUAUCGAAGAAAAGAGAAAUGAAAACAUUUUAAAGUACGAAAGAGGCGAAUAUGUGAGCUCUCCAGAAAUCCCAGGGGAUUUAAGCCAUGAGUCUGCUGACGAAGAAGAUAACUCGUCUUCUGAUGAAAAUGAUUGAUCAGAGGGAGAAGAAGGAGAAGUAGUUAAAGCUAACUUAAGCGUUAUAAUACAUAAGAGGAAUAACCCACUAGCCUGGAUAUCUGGCGUAAGCCCACAUAAGGAUUAGCUCCCUAGGCAAGAGCCACUUUUUGUGUAUGCAUCAUUAGCUCAGAUAGGCAAAGACAAAGUGGGAGGCAAAGUCUGACUCACCAAUCUGGCAGGACAGGGAAAGCCUUCGGGGAGAAACAAAGCUUCCAUCUUCAGAAGGCAUCGCCUAGCCUGAAGGUCUACUUCAAAGGUGACAGAGGCACUAUUUUCAGCUUCAUCAGGAUGGGUCUUACCUACUCCAUAGAAAGUGUGCACCUUGGAGCCCAUCUUCCGUCAGCAAUACAAUUUUUAUUUCUGGAAGUAGUUAAAGGAAUCUCUGAAGAAGAGUAUCAUUUAAAGAUGCUAAAGGCAAAAAGCAAGCUGGAAGUUGAAUAA